GCUUCUGGGAGGACGCGUGGAGGCGCAUUCCUCUCAUAGUUUCGGGACACCUCUUCAGCCCGUGCAUACGUCAGGUCUGCUCCGAGGGUAUAAAAGGAGAUGGGGACUCCAAAAGAGCAAAUACUCAACAACUCACUGCCAGGUCUGGUGUUUGACGAAGAGAUUUUUUUUUUUACUCUAUAGCUUCAACUUCUGAAGAUGUGGAAAAUCUUUAUUAUGAUCAUCGGUGUGACACUGGUGUCAGCCUCAUGCCCAAAGGACUGCCGGUGUCCCCCUGAACCCCCCAGAUGUGCAGCAGGAGUCGAUGCUGUGCUGGACGGCUGUGGAUGCUGUAAAGUUUGUGCACGGCAGCUCUUUGAGGACUGCAGCAAGAACCAGCCAUGUGACCACACAAAGGGGCUGGAGUGCAACUUUGGAGGGGGAUAUGGCUCUGCUAAGGGCAUCUGUCGAGCCAAAUCAGAUGGAAGAACAUGUGAGUACAACAACAAGAUUUACCAGAACGGGGAAAUCUUCCGUCCAAACUGCAAACAUCAGUGCACUUGCAUGGACGGUGCUGUCGGAUGUGUCUCCCUCUGUCCACAUCAGCUCACACUGCCUAAGGUUGGUUGUGCCAAGCCCAAGCGUGUCAAGGUACAGGGACGGUGCUGCGAACAACUCGUCUGCCCUCAGGAGAGCUCUGUGGUGAAGAAACACAAGAAAAAACAGAGUAAAGACAGACUGUCUGAGGACGAGCUGACCAGCAGGAAUGAGUUGGCUCCUGUAUGGAGAAGAGAAUCUAAAUCUUUGCCUGCUUUCAGGAGUCACCCAAUGGGCCACAUGUUAGUCAGAGGGGUCAAGUGUGUGUCUCACACCACAGCUUGGUCACCCUGCUCCAAAUCCUGUGGCACUGGAGUGUCCACCAGAGAGACCAACAGCAACACCCAGUGCAAACUGGUGAAAGAGACUCGGAUCUGUGAAGUCCGCCCAUGCAACCCAACGACCUUCAACAGAUUGAAGAAAGGUCAGAGAUGUAACCACAUUGAAAAAGCCGGCCGUCCAGUCAAACUGACCUUCUCAGGCUGCCGUAGCCUGAAAAAGUUCCAGCCAAAAUACUGUGGGUCCUGCUCAGACGGCCGAUGCUGCAGGCCUCACCAAACCCACACUUUACCCGUCAGCUUCCGAUGCAAAAAUGGAGACAUCAUCAGCAGGAUGGUGAUGAUGAUUGAAUCUUGCAAAUGUAACUUUAACUGCAGCAGUGAAAAGACACCUGCUGGCUACGGGCUUUAUAAUGACAUCUGAAAAUGUCAAGUUGAAAGCAGACAUCUGAAGGAUGAAUUUCUUGAACUGUAUAGUUCAUGAUUUUGCUUCAUAACACUGGAGCCUUAUGGUUUGCUUCAUUCUGAAGCAGUUUUUUUUUACAUUGCAAAACCAUUUAUUUUUCUAAUUAAAAACUUGUCAUCCUUUUUUUUUAAGACAUACUCAACGCAAAUUUGCUUUUCCAAGAAUAGCGAAAGAAUGACUCUGCUUUACUCUGCCUCUGAUGGGUGCACCCUGACACUCUUACCUGAACCAGUUCUACUCUUUUUGCCUUACCCAAACCAAUUCGACCGACAAAAACCACACGAGGAGAGUAGGGCGAGUCAUGCCUUUAGUAUAUUGCCAGGAAAUGCAAAUUCGCAUAUUUAAGCCUCCUUUGACGAGACAUGUCACAUGACAACAUGGAAAUGACGUAAAAACUAUGGCAGCUACAGAAUUUGUCAUUACUCAUAUGUCGCCAUGUUUUUGUUGAUUUACUGCAUAUUUUAUUUAUAAGGAUUAAUGCUUAAUACUUCACUAAGUGUAUUGUUUGAUCUAAUCAUGUUAUAUUGUAAAAUAAUAUUGAUUUGACAUCCUCUACACCAGUGAUAUUCAAUUUAAUGCCCAGGGUGCUGGGUGGCCCACUUGACAUUUACUAAUUCACAGUAAAAAUAAAUUGAUCUGCACCGGGAA